CUCGCGCACUGCAUUCAGCAGCGCGCGCAGAGCCGAGCGGAGCGGAUCGAGCGAGAGUGGAGAGCGGCGCCCGGGCAGCAACGACAGCGACGAGCGACAUCGAGGCAGGGAACGCCGACGACGAAGACGACGACGACGACGAAGACGACUUCCAGCUACAGCGACCGAUUUGCCACCGAUCGAGCAAUGGGAUUCUCCGUGAACAUCGCCAAUUACGAGAAGCAGGAGGAGGUGAAGCGGCUGAGACGCAGUCUGCACGUGGAGGAGAAUGACAAUGUCCCCACAGACAACCAGCAGAGGUCGUUCGGAGGCUUCGAGGACAACCGGCCGUUCCUGCACCACGAGCAGGAGCCGCUCUCCGUCAGCGCCCUCGUGAUCCAGCGUGCGUGGCGCGCCCUCGUGAGCCGGCGUGACGCGGCGCUGGACUCUCCCUCGCCCUGCUCCUCCUCCUCCUCGUCCUCCUCCUCGCACAAGCUGCUGCUGCUCAGCUCCUCCAUCAGCAUGAGCACCGUGUCAGGCGGCACCACCCCCGACUCCGGCGAGGAUGGCAUGGACCUCGGCAGCGACCCCUGCAGCCGCUCCACCUCCGAGUCCGGCUCCAGCAAAGUGACUCCGUGCUCCGACUGCAAGUCCUCGCCCAGCCUCGACCUCGAGACGCUGGCCGACCUGGACGAUGACGACGAUGACGACGACGACGACGAGGAGGAGGAGGACGACGAAGACGACGACGACGACGACCGGCGUGGCGGGGGCCUGGAGGUCGCGCGCCGGUUCCAGCGGAGCGUCUUCGGGGAGUGGCGCCAGGCCUCGUUUUUCCAGGGGGGCUCAACGUCGCGCGGCGCGGCGACGCCGACCGAGCUGUCGCGUCCGGCCAACGACGACGACGACGAUGACGACGACGACCUGCAGCUGGGCCGCACGCAGGCCGGGCCGCGCGCCGGGAACGGUCGCCGCUCCACCAGCGCCGCCGCGGCCGCGACGAUCGUCCCCUCGCCGUCUCCCUCGCUCUCCCCGUCCCCUCCGACCUCCAUGGCCACGACGAGCGAGGAGGGCGAUGGCGGCAGCGGCGGCAGCAGCGGCGGUGGCGUCCGCUCGGGAAGGAGCGAGGCCUCGGUGGCGGCCGUGAAGGAGGGCGGCCCGGGGGAGCGGGCAUGGCAGGGGCUCGCUCGAGACGACGACCAGGAUGAUGAUGACGAUGAGGAGGAGGAGGAUGAGUCACUGUCGGCCGGGCCGCCCACCAUGGACUGGGAGGCGCUGGAGAGGCACCUGGCCGGGCUGCAGAAGCGCGAGCAGAUCGAGCAGAUCGAGGCUCGGGCCGCCAGAGCGGGCACGGCGGCCGCCACCCUCAGCACCUUCACCUCGGCGCAGAGGAACGAGCGCGAGUGCAUCCGCCAGAAGCUCGCCCUGGGAGGCUUUUUCGACGAUGGGCCCGGCAUCUACACGAACUGCAGCAAGAGCGGCAAGCCCAGCCUCUCGUCCAGGCUGCAGAGCGGCAUGAACCUGCAGAUCUGCUUCGUCAACGACAGCGGCAGUGACAAGGACAGCGACGCCGAUGACAGCAGCAAGACCGACGCGAGCCCCGACACCCCCCUCUCCCCGGUGAGCAAGCAGAGCUCGUCGUAUUCAGAGCGCGACUCUGCCGACUCGGAGGCUGGCACGGACUCGGAGUCCGAGUCCCUCGAUGGGCUCGACUUCUCGGCGUGCCAGCGCAAGCUGCAGGCCGAGGCCAAGCUGGCGCUCGCCAUGGCACGGCCGAUGGCGCGCAUGCAGGUGGAGGUGGAGAAGCAGAACCGCAAGAAGUCGCCCGUCGCCGACCUGCUGCCACACUUGCCGCACAUCAGCGAGAGCCUGAUGAAGAGGAGCCUCAAGCCGGCCGACAUGCAGGAGAUGACCCUGGGCCAGCUGCAGGUCAUCGUCAACGAUCUGCACUCCCAGAUCGAGAGCCUGAACGAGGAGCUGGUGCAGCUGCUGCUGGUGAGGGAUGAGUUGCACAUGGAGCAGGAUGCCAUGCUGGUGGACAUCGAGGACCUCACCAGGGCGGUGUGACCGUCGCCGCGGCCGCAACCGGCACGACGGCGGCGGGCAGGAGGAGCGAGGCAUGUAAAUAGCAUGUGGAAGGUGAACCGUGGCGUGACGUCCUUACCUAGGCACGGGUUACGGGAAAGCCCUAACACUUAGAUCUAGCGACAAGAGAAAAACGAAUAUUCAUCAUGAAAGGUCACGAAUUAACGAUCGCGUAAUUGCACCGUCCAGCGCGUUUGCGCGCGGCAUUCGGCGCGUCCGUUGCGUCAUCGUCGUCGCGGUACGCUGUCGUUGGCCAUCGAAAGGGGUGGG